CCGGAGCUGGCCGCGCCGCCGUUCUGGAUCCCACCGGAGCCCGUGACGCCCCCGGGGCCUCAGCGGCACCGGCGACGCUUUGGGGACGUUCCGGGGACGCUCCGAGCGAUCAGGAGGCGGCGGAACCUCCCCGUUGCCGUGGAAACAACCGGAACGCCGCGUCCGCCAUCUUUACUCGUGGCACGGCCGCCAUCUUAUCCGCGGGCAGCACUUCCGGCCUCUGAGCCAAUCAGAUCCUCCCGUCCUCACCACGUGACUCCCGGUGCGGGACCCGGAAGCGCCGCCAUGGCCGCCGCCGCUGCCCCCCCGAAGCGCCGCGGGCCCGCUCGCUUGGCCGAUCCGCGGCCGCUCUUCGAGGACACGAGCGCUCCCGGGGCCUCCCCGGGCCGGGGCUUCGGGGCUCCGCCGCCGCCGCCGCCGCCUUCGGCCUCCUCAUCCUCACCGGGCCCGGCCGCGCCGCCGUUCGCGGCUCCCGGGGCCUUCCUGGCCGAGCCCGUCAGCAGCUUGGCCGCCGCCUACGGGAGCAGCUGGGCCUCGCACGUGGAGGGCAGCCUGUGUCGCUGGCUCCCUGCAGGGACUCUCAAGUAUUACUUUGCGGUGGACACGGCGUACGUGGGCAGGAAACUGAGGCUGCUGCUCUUCCCCUUCGGACACCCGGACUGGCAGGUUCGGUACCAGCAGGACGGUCCCGUCGCCCCUCGCUUCGAUGUCAACGCCCCUGACCUUUACAUCCCGGCUCCGUGUCCUUCCUCCCGCAGCCAUGGCCUUCCUCACCUACAUCCUGCUGGCCGGGCUGGCCCUGGGCACCCAGAACAGGUUUUCCCCGGACAGCCUGGGGCUGGCAGCGAGCUCAGCCCUGGCCUGGCUGCUGCUGGAGGUUCUCACCGAGCUCCUGGCGCUGCAUUUGGCUCCGGGCUCGUCCCAGCUGGGCCCGGCCGACGUCGUGGCGCUCGCCGGGUACAAAUACGUGGGGAUGAUCGCGGGGCUGCUGUCGGGGCUGCUCCUGGGCUCUGCCGGGUACCACGCCGCCCUGGGCUGGAGCUGCCUCAGCAUCUUCAUCUUCAUGAUCCGGACGCUGAGGCUGAAGCUGCUGGCGGAGCCGGCGGCCGAGGCUCGGAGCCAGCUGCGCCUGUACCUGACCGUGGCCAUCGCCGCCGCGCAGCCCCUGCUCAUGUACGGCCUCACCUUCCACCUGCUGCGCUGACAGCCCCCAAAUCCCGGGAAAAAAACGGGAAUUCCCGGAAUUCCAGAGCGUUCCCAGAAAAAUCCCACCCUGGAAUCAAUAAAUGGCUUUUUCUGGGGUUUUUUGGGGGUUUUUUGGGGGUUUUUUGUUGAUUUUUUGGGUUUUUAUCCUGAAUUUUGGGUGGUUGGAGGUUGGGGAGAUCCCCCUGAGAUCCAGAAUUCCAGGAAAAUCCCGGAAUUCCAGAGUUUUCCCAGAAAAACCCCACCCUGCAAUC